AUGGAUUUGACGUCGUUAAAAAAUGAAAUGACAAAAAAUAUAAAAAAUGAUGUAUUUAAAAAUAUGAGUAUUAAUAAGGUGAAAUAUGAACCUUUUGGAAAACCACCACCAGGAUAUAUUCCAGGUAAAGGUAGAGGAGUAACAGGAUUUUCAGGAGGUGUGAGUAGAGAUGAUACAACGGAUGAUAAAGAUAAGAAUGAUUAUUCAGAUUUUAAUUAUGAUGAAUUUCAUGGAUAUUCUGAAUCCUUAUUUAAAGAUACAGAAUAUGAUGAAGAAGAUAAAGAAGCCGAUGAAAUAUAUGAUAAGAUUGAUUCUCUUAUGGAUAUUCGAAGAAAAAGUAGAAGAGAAAAUAAACUGAAAGAAGAAAUAUCAAAAAUGAGAGCUACAAAACCUACCAUAACACAACAAUUUGGUGAUUUAAAAAAAAAUCUUGCUAAUGUUACAAUAGAAGAAUGGGAAUCCAUUCCAACCGUUUUACAAUAUUCAUCUAAACAAAAACAAAAAAAAGUUCAAAAAAAUUAUUUACCUGCUCCGGAUUCUUUAAUUAUGAGUAGAAUUAAUGAAUCUAAUAUACAUCUUAAUUUUAAUAAUUCUGCAUCAAGUCAAAGUGGCCAUAAGACACCUAUUGGUUUGGGUUAUCAAUCCUCAUUAGGAGUACAAACUCCAUUAGGUUUAAGAACUCCUUAUGGUUUACAAAAUUCGUUAAGUGGUUUGAAAACACCAUUAAGUGGUUUACAAACACCAUUAAGUGGUUUGAAAACACCGUUAAGUGGUUUGAAAACACCAUUAAGCGGUUUACAAACACCAUAUAUGAGAAAUUCAUCCUCAUUGUUUGGUAUGGAUACACCAUUAAUAAAUAAUAAUAUUAAAUCAAAUAUGUCUAUUAGCGGUUUGAAUACUCCAUUUACCUUAUCAGGAUACAAUACACCGCUGAGCGCAUCAAAUGUUAGUGGUUAUAAUACUCCCUUGUUUAAUAAUACACACAAAUUAUCAUUAAACGAUUUAGGGGAAGCAAGGGGGACUGUGUUAUCAGUAAAAUUAGAUGAGCUUAUAGAUAAUGUCGAAGGACAAACUGUUAUUGACCCUAAGGGAUAUUUAACCAAUUUGAAUGCAAGUAGUUUAAUUAAUGAUGCUGAUAUUGCUGACAUAAAUAAAGCUAGAUCAUUAUUAAAAUCUGUUAUAAGUACGAACCCAAAACAUGGUCCAGGUUGGAUAGCUGCUGCACGAAUUGAAGAAUUAGCUCAAAGAAAGGAUAAAGCUAAAGAAAUAAUUAUGAAAGGUUGUGUGGUUUGUUCAAAAAAUGAAGAUAUAUGGUUAGAAGCUGUUAGGCUAGAAGAAAAAUUAAGUGAAGUUAAAAUUAUUCUAGCAAAAGCAAUCAAACAUAUACCCACAUCUGUUAAGUUAUGGCUAGAAGCAUAUAAAAAAGAAAAAAAUGUAGAUGAUAAAAGAAAGGUAUUGAGAAAAGCCAUAGAAUGUAUACCAAACUCAGUGAAAUUAUGGAAAGAAGCUAUCUCUCUAGAAAAUGAAAAUAAUGCAUAUAUAUUAUUAAAAAGAGCAGUUGAAUGUAUACCUCAAUCUAUUGAAAUGUGGAUAGCCUUAGCUCGAUUAUGUACAUAUACAGAAGCACAAAAAGUUUUGAAUGAAGCAAGAAAAAAAAUACCAACCAGUGCAGAAAUAUGGAUUAAUGCAUCACAACUAGAAGAAAAACAAGGAAAUAUAAAAAUGGUAGAUAUUAUUAUUAAAAGAUGUAUAGAAAAUCUAUCUUCGAAAAAUAUAAUCUUUGAUAGAGACAAAUGGAUAAAAUUUGCGGAAGAAUGUGAACAAUCGAAAUUUACACAUACUUGUGAAAGUAUUAUAAGAAAUACUAUGCAUAUAGGAGUAGAAACAUUAAACAAAAAAAGAAUAUAUAAACAAGAUGCUCAAAAUUGUAUUCAUAAUAAAUCUAUACAUACUGCAAGAGCUCUAUAUAAUGAAGCAUUAAAAAUAUUUAAAACCAAAAAAUCCUUAUGGCUAGCAUUAGCAAAUUUAGAACUUACUCAUGGAAAAAGAGAAAAUGUUGAUGAGGUUUUACAUAGAGCUGUACAGAGUUGUCCCCAUUCGAGUGUUCUAUGGCUUAUGUUAGCUAAACAAAAAUGGUUAAAUAAUGAAAUUGAUAAAGCACGGGAAAUUUUAGCUGAGUCCUUUAUACAUAAUCAAAAUACUGAAGAGAUAUCUCUAGCUGCAAUUAAAUUAGAAAGAGAAAAUAAUGAAUUUGAUAGAGCUCGCUUUUUAUUGAAAAAAUCAAGGGUACAAUGUAAUACACCUAAAAUAUGGAUGCAGUCUGUUCAACUCGAGAGGUUAUUAAGAAAUUAUAAAGAAGCCAAAAUUUUGGCUCAGCAAGCGUUAAAAAUACACAAGCACUUUGAUAAGUUGUAUAUGAUAGCUGGUCAGAUAGAAUUAGAAAUGUAUAAAUAUUCAAAUGAUACUAAUAUAAAUGUAACAAGUGAUAAAACGUAUAUCAAAAAUGAUUAUCAUCAUACUAAAUCGGAUGAUAUUAAAGAUAAGAAUAUUAAUACAAAAGGUACAACAACCGCAAAGCAUUAUACUACCAGUGAUAAUAAUAAUGAUGGUAAUAAUAAUACUGAUGAUGGUAAUAAUAAUACUGAUGAUGGUAAUAAUAAUACUGAUGAUGGUAAUAAUAAUAAUGAUGAUGGUAAUAAUAAUAAUGAUGAUGAUAAUAAUAAUAAUGAUGAUGGUAAUAAUAAUAAUGAUGACGGUAAUAAUAAUAAUGAUGAUGGUAAUAAUAAUAAUGGUAAUAAUAAUAAUGGUAAUAAUGGUAGCAGCUGUACGUCUAAUAAUUUUCAUAAUAAACAAAAUGGAGAUAAUAAAAAUAAAAAUGUUAAUAAUAAAAAGGAGGAAUUUAUGAAUAUUUCUAUUGAUCCAUAUAAAAACGCUCAGAAUAUAUACGAAGAAGGUCUAAAAUAUUGUGCGUCAUCAAUUAAUUUAUGGUUAUGUGCUAUCGAUUUACAAAUAGAAAAAAAGAAUUAUACAGGUGCUAGAGCAUUAACUGAGAAAGCAAAAAUCAAAAUCAAGUAUUUAAAUUCUUUUAAUAAUAAUAGUCAUAUUUUAAAAAGUAAAGAAAUUAUUGAAACCAAUGAACAAAAUUAUGAUACACAGGAUGAUGAAUAUAAUAACUUAAAUAAAAAUAUGGAUGGUUCCAAGAGUGUUAAUAAUACAGCAAGUAAUAUAUCCAAAUCCAAAAAUGAACUUGAAAAAAACUCAUCAGUUAAUAAUAAUGCUUAUAUUAAAAUAAUCGAAAAUUAUGAUUUAUUAUGGUUAAAAUUAAUAGAAAUUGAAUUAUGUUGUAAUAAUAAAAAUUUAAAUCCUAUAAUUUCAGAAGCUUUAAAAGAAUGUCCAUCCUCUGGUAUUUUAUGGUCAAAGGCUAUAGAACUAGAAAAUAAAAAUUUACAAAACAGUAAAUCAGUUAGUGCUUUUAAUCACUGUGGUAAUAAUGCGUAUGUUAUAUUAACGGUAGCAAAAUUAUUCUGGGUGAAUUUUAAAAUACAAAAAGCUAGGAAAUGGUUCUAUAGAGUAAUUAACCUUAAUCCUCAUUUUGGAGAUGGAUGGGCAACAUUUCUAGCUUUCGAAAUUGAUCAACAAAAUGAAAUAAAUCAAAAAGAUAUAAUAAACAAAUGUAUAAAAGCUGAACCAAACAGAGGCUAUUUGUGGAACAAAAUUACUAAGAGAGUAGAAAACUGGAGGCUAAAAUAUCCACAAAAAUUAUAUAAAUAUAUUAAGGAUAUAUAUCCUCAUGUUCUAAAUAAAAAAAUUUCAGACCCAAUUUGGAAUAUUAUUACGGACGAAAAUGUAGACACUAGUUUUUUGUUAACAAAUCAAGAGAACGAUAAAGAAAAAAAAGAUCAACGUAAUGAAUCUGUUGAAGAUGAAAAAGAAACAAAUAAUAACAUUGAGGAAGAUCCAGAGAAAGAUUCAAAGGAACAAGGUAAAACUAAAUCAAAAGAGAAAAUUCUUAAUGAAAAAGAUACAACGAAAAACAAGAGAAAAGAUAUAAGCACUAAUGAAGAAGGAAAAGAUAAAAAAAAAAAGAAAAAAUAA